CAAGCUGGCAUGAAUACUUGCACUAACCCACAAAUGCUUCUAGCCGCCAAGAAUGAUGGAGGAGGAAGGGGAAGCGAAUACGAGUUGGAUUAUUCCCACGGAUGCGGCUUCUCUUCUCCUUCUUGGCUCAUCUUUACCUCGGACACUCUGCAUCUUAAGCAAAGAUGCCACAAACCCUCUCGUCACUUCCUCUAGAGAUCCUUAUUGAGCUAUGCGAGCAUCUUCCUCUGCCAGACCUCACACGACUAGUCCGCACGUCGACAACCUUUGCUUGGGUCGGAACCCCGCGAAUUUAUGAUACCCUGUUCUUCACCAAUGCCAUUUCUCCAACUCCACACCUCCGGGGCCGCAUUCCACAAUUGCAAUCUCAAUUCAUUGCCGAUUAUUUUGGCAAGCGCGCGGACAAGCUUCUUGCGACACGACGCUACAAUGGACGACAUAUACUUCACGAGCUGAGCCAGCAUGGGAACACCUACCUGCUUGACAUUCUUCUGGCCAAAGGCGUUGAUGUCUCCGUAAGAGACUAUGAUGGCUUGACCCCACUUCAUGUGGCUCUCCGCGAGAAUCAAGAGGGUACUGCCACUAAACUCAUCAAUGCAGGAGCCGAUAUCCUCACUCCAACCAACGGGCGGCCCAUACUAGCUUAUGUUGUCAACAGCGCCUCGGAAGCUUUUAUGAAGAAGCUAGUGGCGGCUAUCCAGGCUGCUGGAGGAGAUCUCUCUGAAUGUGCACCGGAUGGACAUACGGCAUUGCACUAUGCGAGUCGCGCGGGAAAUUUAUGUUUAGUGGAAAUCCUUGUUGCAAACGGGGCUGAUGUAUUGGCCACUAACAAGUACGGUAAUAUACCUCUCGUCCACAGUGUUAUAUACACACAUGACGAGGCAAGCAAGGUCCUCUUGAAUGCACUGAAAUCGGAUCCCCGUGGCUAUGACAUAAAUGAGCCAAUCGGCCCCCUCAACGAGGUUCCGGAAUACUGGGUUCAGAGUGUAUCCUUAUACUCUGUGCCUGGGUACACAAUACUGCAUUACGCAAUGUACACAUGGAAGACAUCAACCGUCGAGCUUCUACUCAAUCAUGGGGCGAACCCCAUAGCACAAAGCCACCAUAGUGACGAUGCCAAUAAUACUACGCCGUUUGACAUUGCUAUUAGAGGCCGGUGCCCCAAGCUCGUGGCUGUUAUCACUGGGAUGAAAAACCCACCCGACUUUUGGUCAUCGACAUGGGCCAUCCAGGACGGAUUCGAAACAUCUGUCCGUGAAGCCUACCUCGGGACUGUUCGCAUUAUUUGCGAGCUCUACAAGCAGGGAAAGGUCAGAAUUGAUCUCACUUCGGGAUCAGAAAUGAUGAUCGGAUGCUGUGAUUACUAUGGCGCGCAUCGACCUGAUCAGGAUAUCAAUGACACCGUCACCUGUGUUAUCGACGCGGGCGGCGAUGUCAACGCACAGGAUCAAGAUGGAGAAACGUGCCUACACAAGCUCUGCAACUGGGAGGAUGAGCAUGAAGAGGCUAGAUUUGAACUAAUCAAGUACCUCCUCAACCAUGGUGCCGACUGGCGACUUCGAAAUGCAAAAGGGAAUAAUGUGUUUCACAGAGCUGUAGGGGUAGAUCAACUCGAUAAAUUUAUCCAACUCAUCGCGCACUCGCUUUCACCAGACCUUCCAACUCCAAGUUCAGACAACACCGGUCAAACCGCACUACAUUCUUCGACGAUGAAACUUCUUCACGAUGCCGGCUUUGAUCCAAACGCUGCUAAUAAUCGUGGACAAACCCUUGCCCACUUGGCAAUAAAUCCCUGCGUAUCCGAAGAGUCCCUAACAUAUCUUGCUGAGCUUGGGGUCGAUAUGUCCCGUCCAGACAACGAUGGGAAACCGCCGAUUCAUUAUGCUGCUACUGAACGCUGGCUGCGUGAAGAGGCGCGGGAAGACGCCAUAAAGUAUCUCGUAAGAAGAGAGGAGAGUCUUCAUCCUGGCUGUGACGAGUGCAAGGUUGCCAUUGAAACAGUUUUCAAAGGAGGGAGCUUCCUCCUGUGAGGAGACGUUGGAUUUACUUAUAAAAGAUGUCUCAAGUCCACAUGCCCUAAUAGCAGCACUCCACCUUUCCCCAGUCCGUUCUCUCACUCCCCAACUCAAACUCAGGGACCCCCCGUCCACAAUAUAAUCUCCAUGCUUAAAAGCCGAUCUCCCUCCUAAACCUGGCCAUCUUUCCUAGCACUCUUUACGAAAACCCCCUCAUACCACCAGCUCAAUUUUCCAAGCCCUGGCACAGUAGCUC